AUGAGGGGCAGAAGGUUCAGAAACAGUCUGCUCGGGCACAAAUCACUUGUCGACAAGCUAACUCUCCACAAAGAGCUAAGAGGACAUGCUGGGUGUGUGAACAGACUCUGCUGGAACGAGACUGGAACCAAGCUCGCGUCGGUGUCCGACGACUGCAAGUGCAUCAUAUGGGACGUGAACAGGAAUUCUCACCUCGAGAUCUCGACGGAGCAUGAGAGAAACAUCUUUGGCGUUGCGUUCAUCCCAGAGAGGAACGACAGCUGGAUCGUGACCGGUGCCAUGGACUUCCAAGUCCGGCUCCACAAGAUCUCACCGGACGGGGACUGCAAGGGAGAGCUCUUCUCGUACCACACUGACAGGGUGAAGGACGUCAAGACCAUCUCUCAGGAGCCAAACUUGUUCUGGAGCGCAGCGGAGGACGGGACGAUUCGGCAGUAUGACCUCCGAGUGCCGGCCGGCAACCCUGGCGGGGCGAGCGGAAUCCUUGUAAACCUCCAGAGAAAUGGCGGCGCCGACUUGAUAGAGUUGAAGGCCAUAGAUGUGAAUGCAGCGCGGCCAUGGUACCUUGCUGCUGCGUGCAGCGACCCUGUUGCAAGGGUGUACGACCGGAGAAUGUUGAAACUUCGUUCUGACGAGACCCCCGGGUGUGUGUGGGAGUUUGCGGUCGAAGACUCCCCUAACCAGCUGCUCUUCAACACGCAUGCGACGUACGUCAAGUUUAGCAACUCAGGUCAUCAGCUUCUUGCCAACUUUCAUGCCAACGCUGCAUACUUGUUCGAUCUGGACAGGCCGGAGGACCCGCAGCAACGAUUCUCCAACAUGCUCGACCCCGAGGCUGCGAACAGGGUGGAUGGGUUGUUCCCUCGUGAGAUUGGAAGUUUUGGGGCAGAGUUUCAAGGCUGCUUUCCGAAGCGCUCCUAUCACUUCUCCAAUCGCCGGACGUACACGGAAAGGGAGAGGGAGACGAACAAGACCAUAUUCAUGUCCGUCCAUGAUGACAUCAGCGCGAUGAAGGAGUGCUUAUCCGACAGCAUCGAUGACUGCAGUAGAGCCAUCGCCAUGCUCGGUCAAGGGACCUCGGUGCUGUCGGAGGUCUGCAGGCUGAGGAUCUUGCGAGGAAACUUGCUGUUGAAGAGGAAGUGGACCGCAGACAUACUGCUUGCUCUCUUCGACAGUCAAUUCGUAGAGGCUAGCGAAGAGGGGCUGUCGGAAGACAACCUCUUACUGCGCCUCAAGUGUCUACAGCAGCUGGAGAGGUAUCAGGAAGCAUUCGAACUGUGCGCGGAGUUUCCGGAUCUCUUUCACAAGAACAAGAAACUAAGCAAGAUCCGCAAGAACAUCAAGUCCAAGAUCCAGGAGAACCAUUACGAGGUGCAAAGGGAAGACGACGAGGAGAUGGAAGUUUGCUCUCAAGACCAGGAGGCAGAAUCAUCAGACGAAGACAAGAUGGAAGAGAACAGCUCAAAUGCAGCAAUGAAGUGUGAGGCUGAGGACAGGAAGGAGGGUGAGGAAGGGAAUUCAACCGGAAGAGGCGCAUCGAUGCGCAAGGGAGAGCAAGGGAUCUACCGACCUCAAGUUUGCGAUCCCAAGAGGUUCCGACAGAGGUACCUCGGCCACGCGAACGUUCAGACGGACAUCAAAGAAUGCACGUUCAUGGGCAAGGACGACCAGUUUGUGGUUGGAGGAAGCGACGAUGGGAAAGCGUAUAUAUGGGAUCGCAAGACUGGGAAGCUUCUGCGUAUUCUCUCUGCGGAUCAAGACAUUGUCAACUGUUGUCAGGCCAACCCACAUGAGUUCUUGCUAGCUACAAGUGGGAUAGAAGACCAUGUCCGUCUAUGGCGGCCCAACGGCAGGAUUGGCGUCAUAGCAUCAGAGAUGAGGGGGCGAGACGCGAUGGAAGACUACUCGUCCGAGGACGAGGAGGAGACGGACUGGAAAACUGCAUCUAGAAAUGAUGAUGCUUCUUCGCCACGGGAACAAUUUUGUGUGAGCGACGAGAAAACCUUGAAGAAACAUGUCGAGCUGAGUCAGAAGAGCCGUCGCUCCGGCAGCAGGGCACGGAAUAUUCCAUUCCCUCCCGGAAUCCUCCUGCAAACACUCCAGCAAAACAUGGUGUACGACCCAGCCACAGAUAUGCUGGAAGUACGGAGCGGUGCAGGGCCUCGACUAGUUUCCUGCAGGCAGCAGUGA